CAGCGAAAAAUAACGCGUGUCGAAAUUCAGAAGAAAAAAAGUCGAGGUCCGGCACUCGCCUUCGGUGUGGAACUUAUUGAUUUUUCCCUAUUUUGCGCUUCGCACUCUAGUCGUUGCAACGAUUCUUGUUCGAUUGUGAAUAAGAUUUUCUUCGUCGCUCCGUACAAAGAGACUAUUAAUAAAAGCGCAAAAUGGCUGCUGCAGCGAUGGCACACGAGAAACCGUGGUCGGACAAAUCCACGAUGAACGCGGCCGAAAAGACGUACUACGAGUACAUGGCGAAGAUCAACUCCGUUCCAUCUCAGUGCACUUUGGCUUCGGAAAUAUCGAAAGCCAGGCAACACAUCAAAAAUUCACUCGAGCGGAUGGAUGGUAUUGCCGCGUUGGCAGCUAGCCCCGGAGCUGAGUUGCUGGAUCGUUUGUCCUCGGUGGAGAAGGAAAACGAAAAGCUUCGCUCGAUUAUUGACGGACUGAACACUCUUGUUAUUGAUUUGCACGAGCGUGUUCGAACACUUGAAUCAGGUAGCGGCAAACCGGCUGCUGCAGGUGUCAAAUCAGCGGCCACUGCUGCUCCCAAACCUGCCGCCGCUCCUGCCAAGAAGGCCGAAGCCGAGGACGACGAUGAUGAUGUCGAUCUGUUCGGUUCGGAGGACGAAGAUGAGGAUAAGGCGGCGGCCGAGCUGCGCGAAAAGCGACUGGCCGAGUAUGCCGCGAAAAAGUCAAAGAAACCGGCCCUGAUUGCAAAGUCGAACGUGAUCCUCGAUAUUAAGCCAUGGGAUGAUGAGACCGACAUGAAGGUGAUGGAGCAGGAGGUGCGAAAAAUCAAUGCCGAUGGACUGUUGCUCGGUGCGGCCAAGCUAGUACCGUUGGCGUACGGCAUCCACAAGCUGCAGAUGUCGUGUGUGAUUGAGGAUGAUAAGAUUUCCGUCGACUGGCUGCAGGAGGAGAUCGAAAAGAUUGAGGAUUACGUGCAGAGCGUGGAUAUCGCUGCAUUCAAUAAGAUUUAAAAUGGUACUUUCGACCAGAAAGCAGCAACAUUUGGAGAUAAAAUAUUCCCGUAAAAUAUUUUUAAUCGAUUUUACUACAUAAAUAACUCAAGACACGCGCCACCACGAAAGUAGUUUGGGAGGGAAAGAUAAAAAGGCCGUGAAACGAAGAACGCUGGUCGCCAUCUUUCUAUCCUAGUGACGGUUGCUUCUUUCAAAUUGAAAGCACAUUAAAUGAAAUAUUAUAUCUUAUUACAUCUGUGUACAUCCGGGUUGAUCAAGUAAAGACAACAUUUUCCACAUCUAACAAA